AUGCACUGGAUUCUUGAAGAGGAGAAACUGACCGUCGUUGGUGUGCGGCACAGCUUCGCCAACGCGAUGGCGUUCGCCUCUGGUGUGUAUGCAGUCAGUUGGAACGAGCAUGCAGGCCAAGCACAAUUCUACGCGACGCAUCCAUCGGCCGAGGGGGUGGCGUUGGCGACGAGGAGGAAGGGCAACUGA